UGUUUGUUUUGAUUGAAUAUGUUAUCCGUUGCAGAGUUUUUGCAGUGAUUGGGGUUCGGGCAAGGUCGUUUACGGCUCAAUUGUUCGAAGAUUGUUCGAUGGAUUUCGACGAAUAUGAUUAUUUAGAGAAAACAGUUGAAAACCCAGAAGCGCCGAAAGAGGAGAAGAUUGCAAAUGGUGGCGAGGAGACUGUUAAAUCGGGAGAGAAGGACCGUAGCCGGAGUUCUAAGCGUAGGACUAAUGAGAACGAGGAUGACUUAGAUAGCCGUUCCAAGCGAGCAAGACCUGGAGAUGACUCUCGUGAUCAUGUUCGGCACAGAGAGAGGGGCGCCUCGCAUCACCGCUCAUCUCCUGACUACAAGUCCGAGAAUGCUGAGAGGAACGAGAGGGACCGGCACCGCAAGGAACACAGAGAUAGGGAUAGGGAGAAGGAUAGGGGGAGGGAGAGUGAUGAAAGGGACGGGAAGGACAGGGACCGUGACAGAGAUAGAGAGCGGGAACGAGACCGUGAAAGGAUAAGAGAGCGUGACCGAGAAAGUGAAAGAGACAGGGAGAGAGAACGGGAGCGUUCACGACGUAGCAGGAGCCGCUCUGAGAGGCACCGCAGUGACCGUGAUAGGGAUGCUGAACGUGAGAGAGACAGGGAGAAGAGCAGAGACAGAGAGUACAGGGAAAAAGAAAGGGAAAGGGAGUUACGAUACAGGGAUCGAGAUGGCAGACGAUAUAAAGAGAAAAAGGAGGAAGCGGAGCCUGAGGCUGAUCCAGAACGAGAUCAGAGGACUGUAUUUGCUUAUCAGAUUUGUUUGAAGGCAGAUGAAAAAGAUGUCUAUGAAUUUUUUUCAAGGGCUGGCAAGGUGCGAGACGUGCGGCUCAUAAUGGAUCGCAAUUCAAGACGUUCCAAGGGAGUAGGGUACAUAGAAUUUUAUGAUGCAAUGUCAGUCCCAAUGGCAAUAGCGCUUUCUGGUCAGCCACUUCUUGGUCAACCAGUGAUGGUUAAACCUUCAGAAGCUGAGAAAAAUCUGGUUCAGUCAAAUGCAGCUGCAGCUGCAGCUGGAGGAGUAGGUGGUGUUAUUGGACCGUAUUCAGGAGGCGCUAGAAGGUUGUAUGUCGGCAAUCUGCAUUUCAACAUCACAGAAGAUCUACUUCGCCAGGUUUUUGAACCAUUUGGUCCUGUGGAGCUGGUGCAAUUGCCUCUUGACCUAGAGACUGGACAUUGCAAAGGUUAUGGGUUUGUUCAGUUUGCACGUCUUGAAGAUGCCAGAGCUGCACAGAGUCUAAAUGGACAAUUAGAUAUUGCUGGUCGGAUAAUCAAGGUAUCUGCUGUUACUGAUCAAGCUGGAAUGCAAGAUGUUGGGGCAAAUGCUGCUGAUUUUGAUGAUGAUGAUGGUGGAGGCUUGGCUCUGAACGCUCAUGAUAGAGCUGCUCUCAUGCAGAAAUUGGACCGGAGUGGCACUGCUUCCAGUAUUGCUGGUUCGCUCGGCGCAUCUGUUGUCAAUGGCUCUGGUCUCACUCUAUCAACAGCAUCAGUUCUUGGUGCUGCACGUAUGGUUGCCCCCCUUGUUUCCCCACUUGGACAACCUACUAUUCCUGCACUUGCUGGAAUGCAGGGGACAGGUCUUCCAGUUCCAGCUGUGACUGUGCUUCCUGAUGAUAGUAUUGGUGUACCCAGUGACUGUCUAUUGCUGAAGAACAUGUUUGAUCCAAUGUUGGAGACUGAACCAGAUUUUGAUUUGGAUAUAAAGGAAGAUGUUCAAGAUGAAUGUGGAAAGUUUGGGAUGGUUAAGCAUAUCUAUGUGGACAAGGCCACUGCUGGGUUUGUAUACCUGCGUUUUGAGAAUUCACAAUCAGCCAUAAAUGCACAGCGUGCACUCCAUGGAAGGUGGUUUGCGGGGAAGACAAUAUCAGCGACGUUCAUGCCAACUCAAAGCUACGAGGCCAAAUUUCCCGACAGUAGAUAGCAUUGUUUAGUCAUGGACCGAGGGUGAAUUUAAACAGAACUUGCCUGUUAAUAUCUCUUUCUUGAUUUUUAUUACUGAAAUUAGGGGUAGUCUGG